AUGUCAUAUAGCAUAAUCGAUGGCUCACAUUUUCGUGGUGGUAUUAUUUCAUGGCGCCCGUUGAAUAGUACACCAUCGGGUAGCAGUGCGGAUAUUCUCAUACAUCAACGAUACUUUUUUGAUCGAAGAGCGGCCUAUUUCGGUGGUGCACCUUAUUGUACGGAGGCAGAUGUUACUGCUCAAACAACCAUUCCGGUCGGUGGUACGAUGAGCUGUAUGGCAAAUUGCUCAAGCUCUACUUAUUCUGGACUUUCGAUUGCUGUACAAACUACAGAUUGUAACACGCUUCCAAUUAUUUCAUCGUGGGGUGGUGAACGAUACGACUUAGUAUCAUUGCCGUUGACAACAUCGAUUGCAAUGGGCUUUGCCGGAAGUGCAUGGUUGAGUGCUCUGUAUGGCGGUGGUAAUGGUUGGUCAGUUGUUAAUCGAUUGAACUUAGGUUUGAGACCCGAUGGUUUUAUCAAUAGUAGUCCAGUGACAACGACGUUACCGGUGGUGUUUUAUCCAAUAAACACGCGAAUUACUCAUAUUAUACAAAUGGCAGAUAAUGAUGGUACUGACAUAUUACAAUGUCGCUGGUCUAAUUCAAAUAGUGGAAGCAAUUACAAUCGAGCAGAUGAAUGUUCAGGUGUUUGCAGUGCAUUGCCACCUGGAUAUGUCUUAACUGGAUCCAAUUGUACUGUUUCUUUCACUCUGCCAACUGCUAAUCUAUAUUAUGCAUGCUCCGUUCAAAUUGAAGAUUAUUAUAACAGUGCUGCUACAAGUCCAAUGAGCUCUGUUCCAAUCGUCUUUUUAUUCUAUGGAUAUGUAGCUUCUAGUACUGCAUGUUCACAACGUCCUCAAAUCAUUGGUGUACGACCAAACCGAGCUAAUGAAGAUUUUUUUUNUCCACCUUAUUGUACGGAGGCAUAUGUCACUGCUCAAACAACUAUUCCAGUCGGUGGUACGAUGAGCUGUAUGGCAAAUUGCUCAAGUUCUACUUAUUCCGGACUUUCGAUUGCUGUGCAAACUACAGAUUGUAACACGCUUCCAAUUAUUUCAUCAUGGGGUGGUGAACGUUACGAUUUAGUAUCAUUGCCAUUGACAACAUCGAUUGCAAUGGGCUUUGCCGGAAGUGCAUGGUUGACUGCUCUGUAUGGCGGUGGUUCUGGUUGGUCAGUUGUUAAUCGACUGAACUUAGGUUUGAGACCCGAUGGUUUUAUCAAUAGUAGUCCAGUGACAACGACACUACCGGUAGUAUUUUAUCCUAUAGCCACACGAAUUACUCAUAUUAUACAAAUGGCAGAUAAUGAUGGCACUGACAUAUUACAAUGUCGUUGGUCUACUUCAAAUAGUGGAACUAAUUACAAUCGAGCAGAUGAAUGCUCAGGUGUUUGCAGUGCAUUGCCAACUGGAUAUGUCUUAACUGGAUCCAAUUGUACAGUGUCUUUCACUCUACCAACUGCUAACCUGUACUAUGCGUGCUCCAUUCAAAUUGAAGAUUACUAUAAUAGUGCUGCUACAAGUCCAAUGAGUUCUGUUCCAAUCGUAUUUUUAUUCUACGGAUAUGUAGCUUCUGGUACUGCAUGUUCACAACGGCCUCAAAUCAUUGGUGUACGACCAAAUCGAGCCUGUAUUGGUGUUCCAAUUGGUGUUCAACUGAAUGAAACAAUAAUUGUUGAAACAUUUUGUCCCAACCAAGCUAUUGUUGAUUUCGUUACUAGUUCACCACUUGGAAUGCAGCAUAGCACCAUUCUUAACCCAAGUGCUAAUACAUGGACAAUGGUGUUGACAUGGACACCACAAGCGUCACAAGCUGGUCCGCAAGGUUUUUGUGCUGGUGCCGUCGACAAUAGUAGUUUACAAUCAGAUCCAUGGUGUAUAACAUAUCUAGUUGACUAUACAUCACCAAACAUCAUCCGUCCUACAGUUGUCCAAGGAUCUGCAAGUCCAGUCGGCACUGUCUUUGCAAAUCAAUCAAUGUUUUCCAUUCAAGCAACAAGUUUAGUUGGUCGUCCAACUCGUAAUAACACAAACGUUUGCUUUCGUAAUGCUACUUCGAACGCAUCAGUUCUAUGUUACGAUGCUGGAUAUUCACCGAAUGUGAUCUACACAGGAUACACCAUUGUUAUUGUUACAAAUAUCACAUGGACAGCCGGUGCAUUCUACUAUGUAACAAUGGAUAGUGGUUUUGCAAGUGGAAGUGUAUUUUGUCAUGCGGAGUCAGCACCGAUCACAGAUCCGACGUUUUGGGUAUUCAAUAUUUGGAAUCCGGCAGUUUCCAGCACGACCACAACGACGACGACACCCUUCACAACUGCAACAGUGACAACAAAACCAACAUCAACAACCAGUAUCAAUACUCUUUUGACAACAACUGGUAUUGUUGUAACAACAACAACACCUAUCACAACUAAUGCAACAACGACAACUACAUCACCUCCAACUACAGCUGCUCCAACAACAGCAGGUCCAACGACAUCAGGCGCAACAACUGAAUCUACAGUUGCUGUGAUGUACCCCAAAGAUUUCGAAGAUGCUUGCAAACAAACUGUUGGCACUAUGACAGCUGUCUUCUCAGUUGUAUUGAUGCCUGUUUAUGCUUUAGCCAUGUAUGCUACAUUCACCAAAGUGGCAAAUACAUUCAAUCCUGUCAAGAUUCAGGCCAAUACUCGACACAAACUACGAAUGAAACGCAUUCUUCAUUAA